AUGACGACCCCUGCCUCGACGGCGGCCAAGGGCCUGUCGCUUAUUGAAUCGGCGAAGCGCGCCGCGGGCUACGCGGCGGUCGACGCGCAUGUUCGUGCAGAGCACAAGCUGAUUGGUAUCGGUUCGGGCUCGACCGUCCCCUACGUCGUGGAGCGGAUUAUUGCCCAGGGCGCCGAGGUGAACAAAGGGCGCUGGUUUGUUCCGACCGGAUUCCAGUCCAAGAACCUGAUCGUCGACGGCGGCCUGCAGCUCGGCGACAUUGACGCCUUCCCGGCGCUCGACGUGACGAUCGACGGCGCGGACGAGGUCGACACCGCGCUGAACCUGAUCAAGGGCGGUGGCGCGUGCCACCUUCGCGAAAAGGUCCUCGCCGAGGCCGCGAAGGAGUUUGUAGUCGUCGCCGACUUCCGCAAGCGCUCCACGGUCCUCGGGCAGACCUGGAAGCAGGGUGUGCCGGUCGAGGUCGUGCCGUUUGCCGCGUCGCACGUGUUGCGCAAUCUACACGAGCUUGGCAGCGUCGAUGCGCACCUGCGCAUGGCCAAGGCCAAGGCGGGGCCGGUCGUGACCGACAACAGCAACUUUUGCAUCGACGCGCCGUUCCCCCCGGCGCUCAUGCGCGACCCGAAGCACCUCCUGGACAAGAUCAAGCUGAUCACGGGUGUUGUCGAGGUCGGCCUGUUCCCCCACAUCUGCCAGGCGGCCUACUUUGGCAACGAGGACGGCUCCAUUGCCAUCCUCCAGGCCGACGGAUCGGUGCAGGAGAAUGUCCACGUAGAGGUAUAG